GUCAUUUCCAAUGCAUUCGCGUCACGAAUCGUGUACACGGACUCGAAUAAAACUUCUUCUCUAGCCUUCUGUCGUCGUUGUCGCAUUCCUACUUUCGUUUCGUCCCUUCUUGUUACGCGUACAGGAGUUCAAAAGUCAUUUGAAUUCUAUUUUGCGAUUGACUUCAAUUUGCAAACAUCAAGACAGCAUGAGCUCGCCGGGUGGACAAGGUCAACAAGGCGGGGCAGGAAGCUCGAAUGGAGGAAGUUCAGGAGGUCAAGGGAAUCAGGGGAAUCCUACGCAAGCAACAUCGACAACAGCGGCCUCAUCUCAUGGAUUUGCUACCUCUACCUCUUCGCCGUCAUCCACGACACAGACAAGCAACCCAACCUCAACAUCGUCUUCGUCCUCAUCCAACUCCAACAAGACCGCGGUCAUCGGAGGUGUUGUUGGUGGAAUCGGAGGCUUGCUAGUAUUGUCUCUAAUCUUGAUAUGGUUUUUGAAUCGAAGGAAGAAGAGACAGAUAGCGGUGAAGAAUGGAACAGUACAGCCAGUCACCUAUGCCGGCCUCAACUCAUCAUUUGCCGGGGUACAUUUCGCACACGGUUCCAACCGAAGUCCUCAUGAUAGUCUCAUGCCGGCACCGCUGCUACUGAGUUCGAGCACGAAUUCGUCACAUCCAGAUAUUGAGAUGAGAGGGGGACAGUCGAGUCCUGAACGGCAUAGCGCAACAGAAAGCGACAUCUUCCUCCCAACAUAUGCGGAGAGUCAAGCCGGAAUGUCCAUGUAUGGCCGAAGCUCGCUUGGACGCCUGAACACUUCUCAUACUGCACCCUCAACCAACGUCUCGCCACUGAGUUCCGUCGGUACACGCGAUCUUCACAAUUUCUCGCCCUCAGACCUACCUCCCAUACCACCACUGCCAGUAAACGGACGAGAACGAGACACCAUGGGAUUUCCAAUAGAGCCUGGUAUGGUCACGCCUCCAUUAGAAUCUCCCGGACCGGCCUCGCAUGGAUUCGAAACCAUCCACCUAGAACCCGAGGCACCUCUCCCAAUCAUCUCACCUAGACCAAGACAUCCCUUGGUACAACAAGACUCUUUGGAACGUCAAGUCAGACAAGGCAUGAUGCCGAUAGACAGCCCCGAACCCUCUCAACCCAUCAACCCAAAUCGAUUGCGAGUACUCAGCCAGGAGAUGCCACGAGAAAGUCCUAUUCUAGGUCUGAAUAGUGCGACGAUACAGCCACAAGCAGGACCAAGUAACUUGAAUCCCAAUGCCGAUAUUAAUAGGAUGGCAAGUCAACGGACUGUAAGCUCGAUGAACAGUAUGCCGCCUGUGGUCAGUGAUGCAGAGCUGGAGAGUCUCGGUGUAGGUAUGAGGCCGGCUGCCAGACGCUAGCCUGAAAGAAUGUAAGAGAGAUGAUGGAGUAAUGAGUGUGUAUAUAAAGCAACAGGCGUUGGGGAAUCUCUUUUGUCGGAUACCCGUCUUUGUAACUUACAAACACAUCCUUAAUCAGGAACAAUACAGAUAUUUCAAACUUUAGUAUA